CGUGGAAUCGUUAUUUCGUCUUGCGGAUCCACUGGAAGAAAUUCUGAGAGCAUCGGCCGUUUGAAACGCCUUGUUGAAAUGGACAUCUUCGAUUUCGUCUUCUCCUUUGCUGGUGUAUCCACGGUGGACCCACUUGUUGUUCCAGCACUCAGUCGCUUUGUGGAAAACGUGUUUGUGUAUGACAUGGGUUUAUGGGCCGCCCUAGAACGAUCGUUUGGCGAAGACAAACAUGCCCUAAACACCACCCCUGUCAUGUUGUCAUUCGCAGAAUAUAGGAAGGGCCCCGACAAUACAAGAGAUCGUGUUGUCCACACUCGUGUCUUGGCUUACUCUAACUUCAAGGAUGCUAGACCAUGGGGCUUCGAUAUCUAUCGGUGUUCCAAUCCCACAUGCGGUGCCCGUGCUCAUGACAUGAUCUUCCACGCUGAUGGAAAGCAGUAUUAUGGAAACAAGUGGAUGCAAACAAAGAUGAAGACAACUUGCAUGAAAUGCAACCAGACGCGUCGGAAAAUCGCCACUCCACCGUGGAUCAAUUCGUGCAGUAUUGAAAACAUGGGGCGUUGCUGGUACACAUGGCCUCUCACUCUCGCACAGCGCAUUGAUCUCGGGAUCACUGACUGA